AUAAACUCAAGCGCAACAAUGUCCGAUCCGGACACGGUCUGGUUGGAGGAGCUGCUGCAGGACGUUCAGUUGGAGCAGUUCCUGCCCCGGAUACGGGAUGAGCUGCAAAUCACCCGGUUGGCACACUUUGACUACGUCCAUGUGGACGAUCUGGAGAAGAUUGGCCUGGGAAAACCCGGCAUCCGUCGGUUGAUGGAGGCCGUCAAGAAGAAGAAAGCACAACAGUGGCGACGGAAUAUUCUGUGCAAGUUGAUUGGAGGAGGCAAGCAGCAGCCUCAGAAGAAGACUGCCGUCACGAGGGAACCGGAGGAACCGUCGGUCCUAGCGCUGACAUGUUUGAUCCACGAGAAAGAUGUGACCAUGUCGGUGAAGCUGGGGGAUGGUUCGUUCGGGGUGGUCAGACGGGGAGAGUGGAAUGCUCCCGGUGGGCAGAUUGUUCCGGUGGCUGUGAAGAUUUUGAAAGCGGAUACCCUGGCACAGCCCGGGGUGAUUGAGGAUUUCUUCAAGGAGGUUCAAGCAAUGCAUACGCUGAAUCAUGCCAACUUGGUGCGAUUGCAUGGUGUGGUGCUGUCCCAACCGAUGAUGAUGGUCACGGAGCUGGCAGCGAAUGGGUCCCUACUGGACACGCUGCGGAAGCAGUGCAAAAAUACAUCCCUUACGACCAUUUGGAACUGGUCGGUUCAGGUGGCCACGGGGAUGGCGUACCUGGAAAGCAAACGGUUUCUGCACAGAGAUUUGGCCUGUCGCAAUGUUCUGUUGGCUUCGGGGAAUAAGAUUAAGAUUGGGGAUUUCGGUUUGAUGCGAGCACUGCCCCAGCAGGAAGAUUGCUACGUAAUGACAGAGCACAAGAAGGUUCCUUUUCCGUGGUGUGCUCCGGAAUCGCUCCGGUACCGACAGUUUAGUCACGCUUCGGACACGUGGAUGUUUGCCGUAACUCUGUGGGAGAUGUUCACCUUUGGAGAGGAUCCUUGGGUGGGAUUGAACGGGUCGCAGAUUCUGAGAAAGAUUGACCGAGAAGGGGAACGGUUGCACCAUCCGGAUGCAUGCCCACCGGAUGUGUAUCAACUGAUGUUGCAGUGCUGGGAUAAGACACCGGCGGAGCGACCAACCUUUGCUGCUAUCAAGGAAUUCCUUUCUGGUACGCCGCCCCCGAUCUACCGAGCGGUGAUGAAUUACAAGUCCGAUAGUCGUUUGACGGUUGAGCAAGGCGAUUGCAUAGCAGUCAUAGACGACCGGACGGAAUUGCAGUUUGUCAAAGGUCAAAAUCAGCGCACGUAUGAAAUUGGAAUCUUUCCGAGAAAUGUUGCAGUAGAUUCGUCAAAGCAGCGCGGUGGAUCCGGUACCAUCAGCCGUCCGUUGCACGACUCGUUCCGACACACGGGUCACGGAGCUGCUUUCGGUGCAUGCUGGGGUAAUCCGAGCACGUUGGAAGUCAACGGAGACGUAAAGCUACGAAGCAAGAACAAUACCUUAAAUACCGAUCGGCGAGGCAAGUGCGUUUCGGAGCAGUACGCCAAAGAGCGCAAAAGUAAUGCCCAGAAGCAGUUUUCCUACAACAAGCUCGUCAACGAAAAUCACAAGCUCAACCGAGAACAGCAGUUGGUGAAGGAUAGUAAAAACCGUCCCCUCCGGCCACCUCAACCGCACAAUCUUCCCCCGGGUGGGUCGGUGGAAGGAAUUUUAAUCGAUCUAUCAUCGCCGGGUGAAGAUCCGGGCAGUGUUGCCAGUUCAUCGUUUUCGAUGGGGGCUGUCAGUAAGCAGUUUACUAGCAUUUUGGAUGAACCGAUAGAUGUUCCAACGGUGGAAGAACUACAAGAUCAGCACCUACAGCUGUCGGUUCAGGUGGUAGAAGAACAGCAACCGAUUCGGCUACAGCCUCCACCAUAUCAAAUGCCACCUAAGUAUACAAAUACUAUGAACUUGGAGGAAUUUAGCCCAGAACCGGAUCCGUUCGAUACUCGGACGGUAUUCUCGAUGGAAAGCGCAGCAAAUCAAGUAGCUUCCAAUGCGACAUCCGACUACGAGAGCGGACCAUCUAGUGUUGUGAGCGCUAGAGACUUGAUGGCUUCAAUCAAGAGACAGCAGACCUUGGAUGAAGCAGCAUCCAACGUGGCAACAACUUCCACAGCAGUAGUCUACGGCAACGUCAAUAGGGGAGCUAUUUCGAAGAUCGAUUCUAACUAUGGCAAAGUUACUGACUUCGAUGAACUUUCCAGCUCAAUGAUGGCUAGUAUGAAUUCCUCCGGACUAAACACCUCCGGCAGUUCCUAUGGAAGCGCUCAGGGAUUGAGCGAUUCGUUGGAUGUCAACCUGAGCAGCCUCACGCUAGACACAACUGAUCCAAGUGUGUUGCAAUUGACCCCGAAAAAGCUAGACAAAACAUUCCUGGCGGAGCUUGAAAAGGACAUCUACAAAAACGAAUCGAACAGUUUGAACCAUUCGCAAGCGUACGUUGCAAAAUCGAACGCCAAGAACGGUUCGGUGAACCAUAUAUCUAGUCUGAUGAGUUCGUUGUCCAAGUACGAAAGUAGCAGUGCCACCGCUGUUUACGGGAACGGCCACGAGGUGACCGCUGGAGCCAGUAAAAACUUGAACGCAAGCUUGCAGCAAAUCUAUGCGAACAACUCGGCUGAAAGCUUCCAACGAAAGAACUACGAAAGCACCCAAAGCAUGCUUUCACCGAAGAAGCAGAAUAACGUACAGUCAGUCGACACUAGCAGCUUGGUAACGCAAAUGUGGAUGGAGCGCAAUGGUGCUACGUCGCUGAGCAGCAACGAACUGAUGUACGGAAACCUUCCCAGCCAAUCAUCUCAAGUAACCCACAAUUACGUGGCCGUCUCGAAUCGACCCCUGUCUCGAAUCCAGAACGAUACUCGGUUGUACGGCUCUACCCCGAACGUCAACUCCAUCAACCUAGCUGCCCAACAGCUACAAGCCUCGGCAGUUCCUCAACCCAGUGUUCCAGUUCAGAACAUCUACAACAGCGUGUACAAUGGUAACGAUGGAUAUUCAACCAUUGGUACUGACAUCUACGACACGGUGGCAGUCACCCCUGCAUCGUACUACGAACGAAUUCCUUCCAAUGUUGCUCCCCAACAACAGCAGCAAAUCUACAACAAUGUUAGUCAAUUACAACAACAUCAACAACAACAACAACCUGUGAUCUACGAUGAAGUAUCGAACGAUGAAAUGCUGAGGCCAAUUCGGGCUGCCCCAGCGGCUCCGUUGUCGGCUCAACAAAUCCAAAGAAGACUAGGUCGGUUGGCUCAGCAACAGGAACAGCAGGUGGCCUCGCUGAUGGCCGAGCUGGGAGAGGAAGCUAACGAACAAGAGGCUAGGGACGCACUGGCGGCCGUCAGCUGGGAUCACACAUUGGCGGUGCGGCAUUUCAAGAUCGAGCGACUGUGUCGACUCGGUGUGGCCAAUCGAACCAAGUGCGAGGAAGCGCUGCUAAAAACCGGCUGGAGUGUGCAGCUGGCCGCGUCCAUACUGCUGGAGACUUAAUCACUUCCGCCUGCCGACCGACGCGACGACGGGUUUUACUUUGGCUUUCAUUUUUUUUAGGUAAGAACAUUAAGUUUUAUACAACGAACACUUCAUUAUCAACCGCGAAGUCGCAGUUAGUAGCUCUGCUUCACCCACACAUCUGUUGAGUAUUACAGCACUGUUUACUACCAAGCAAUGUAGAUAUUUAUUGAUAGUGUAUUCAAAGGAUUCGAAGGGUGCUAAAGCUGACUCCUUCAAAUUAUCAAUGUACAAAUAAUUCUAAUCUCUAAUCGCGAAGCAAUCUUCCGAAUGCAACGCACCAAUUCUCAACUACAUACAUAAUGAAUCAAUAUUAGAAGUAGCAUAUCAUUUCCCCCUCCCAGUGGAAACCGAUCUAGGGAAUCUCCAGAACGAACUCGAACGAAGCAAUUCACAUGCUCUCUCUUUUUUAUCAGUUGUAUAUUUUAGUAAGAACUCACAUAACGAGUGUAUUAGAUGAAAAGCUAACGCGCCGCCCCACGAACGGUAUUCAGGUGUUUACUACCCACAGCAUUAAACGAAACUACUUCACAUCAUACCGCUUGAGAGGUUCCGAAAUGUAAUGAACAGUCAAAAGGGAGAUAACGAUUUGGGAGAGCUUUUUUGUCUUUGUUUGCUACGCGAUUAAAUGGAAAUUAGAUAACUCUGCCAAUGUUGAUGGACGGUGGAGGAAAUAGUUGCGGUACCGACCUACCCAUAACUAAACAGUUAGAAUAGAGCCAGAUAAUUAAAACCGAAAGGCAUGCUUUGCUCCCACUCAAAAUUGGUACCCACUCGGUAUAGGCUCUGUUGUUAGAUUCAAGCGAAGAAGCAUCAGAACGAUCUGAUAUGCCAAUGAAGUGAUCAUAAUCUACUUGAAACGGUUGAUUAGCGGAAUGGAGGAUUGGGGUAACUUGAAAAUAGUCUAUUUACAUGUUAUGAGAAUGCUCUAUGGGAAAUAUAUAU